AUGGAUAAGCACAACAGUUCAGAGUUGCUUAAUUCAGAUUUUUCGCUCUCUAAAAACGCCAGUUCAGAUUCCCUGGAUUCGGACUCUAAAUCGAGUUCAUUGAAUUCCAAACACGGACAAGACUCCUCACAUGUGUUAGGCGAUAUUCAGUUAUUAGAUGGGGAGAAAGUGAUGGGUGUUGCGAGAGAUGUGACCUACCUGUGCCCUUACAGCGGGCCUUCCAGAGGAGUUCUUAAAGUCACAAACUAUCAGCUUCACUUUAGACCAACAGAAGCUACUGCUCUACAAACGACAUUAAGUGUGCCUCUUGGUGUUGUAUCACGAAUUGAAAAAGUGGGCGGUGCAUCAUCAAAGGGUGAAAAUUCAUAUGGCAUUGAAGUGUUUUGCAAGGAUAUGCGCAAUCUACGCUUUGCACAUAAACAAGAGAAUCAUUCACGGCGUGGUAUAUUUGAGAAACUGCAGCAACUGGCGUUUCCACUGUCACACAGAUUACCAUUGUUUGCAUUCAGUUACUCUGAAAGCUUCCCGGAGGAUGGCUGGCAUGUCUAUGAACCAAUUACAGAACUCCGAAGAAUGGGUGUAAACAACGACAUGUGGCGUAUAACUCGGAUCAACGAUAAAUAUGAAAUUUGCGACAGUUACCCAUCUGUUUGGGCAGUGCCAGCAGCUGCUAAUGAUGACUUACUUAGAUCUGUAGCUGCGUUUCGCUCAAGAGGUCGCAUACCAGUGCUCGCUUGGAUACAUCCCAGCUCACAGGCUACUAUUACAAGAUGCAGCCAGCCUUUAGUCGGCGUGAGCGGUAAACGUAGUCGUGAAGAUGAACGUUAUAUACAACUAAUAAUGGAUGCUAACGCCCAAGCACAUAAACUGUUUAUAAUGGAUGCACGCCCCAGCGCUAAUGCUAUUGCAAACAAGGCUAAGGGAGGCGGUUAUGAAUCAGAAGAUGCUUAUCAAAAUGCUGAAUUGGUUUUCUUGGACAUUCACAACAUUCAUGUGAUGAGGGAAAGUCUGCGUAAGCUCAAAGAACUUUGCUUUCCACAGAUUGACCAGACCAGGUGGUUUAGUGGCAUAGAGGCUAGUUGUUGGCUGAAGCAUAUAAAGUGUAUAUUAGCUGGAGCUGUACGUAUCGUUGAUAAGGUAGAGAACCAUAAAACCUCAGUCUUGGUCCACUGCUCUGAUGGGUGGGAUCGCACUGCACAGCUGACAGCGCUGGCUAUGCUCAUGUUGGACCCAUAUUACCGUACACUACGUGGCUUCGAAGUGCUUAUAGAAAAAGAGUGGUUGUCAUUUGGACAUAAAUUCCAGCUUCGUAUAGGGCACGGCGACGAGCGGCAUUCGGAUGCGGACAGAUCGCCUGUGUUCGUUCAGUGGGUGGACUGCGUUUGGCAGCUGCAGCAACAAUUCCCCACGGCUUUCGAGUUCACAGAGCGAUUGCUUAUAACGAUCGUCGAUCACUUGUAUUCGUGCCGGUUCGGUACUUUCCUUUUUAACACUGAACGAGAAAGGGUCAAAGAAGAGGUGAAAUCAAAAACUGUGUCGUUAUGGUCGUACAUCAACAGUCGUCAGGAUUUAUACCUUAAUCCGUUGUAUUGGGGUCCGUCUUCGUUUGGAGCGACCACGCCCCCAUCGCCAUAUUCGCGUCCUCAAAUAGUUCUAGUACCAGUUGCGUCGCUGAGAAUCAUUAAACUAUGGAAGGCGUUGUAUUGCAGAUGGAACCCCACUAUGCGACAACAGGACCCGAUAUACCAGCGCACGCGCGAGCUGGUGGCGCUGCGCGCGCAGCUGGAGGCGGCGGCGGCGGCCGCGGCCGGCGAGUACGCGCAGCGCCACCACCGCAUGGCGCUCACCCCGCCGCGCGUCGCCAGCCCCCACCACGUCUGA